CCCGCAAAGAGCAAAAUGAUAUGAAGAAAAAAAAAAAUAAGAUUUUUUUCAUCCGUAAUAUGAACCUCUCGCAAAUCCUUCUGGCCCUGUUGUGGUGGUGCGUUUCCACGGCGGCUGUGGCAGAAGAGACCUGCGACAAUGCUCCUCCCAACGAUCCCAUCGGCGUCGACCUCGGCCAUCGUUUUGUCUUUGCCUCCUACGCAAAUUCUUUAAACAAUUUCACCCUAUUGGGGGUAGUCAAUCACAAGGAGUACCAGCGGCAGAUCGAAGAACUGUCCAUGGACCAUUUUCAGCGAUCCGGGCUUGGGAAGCCGAGAAGCGGAUCUAGGUCGACACCGCUGGCGCUCCUGACCAGCGUCAUGUGGAGCGUGUUCAAAGUGAUCGAUGCUAGAGUCUACAUCAGCAGCAACGCAUACGUCGUCUGGACUCAAGACUCGAUUCGCUCGAUAUCUGACACUGUCUACGGGAUCAUCCCCGUCUCUGUCCAACGAAAGGUCAAGUCCUUCCUCGUCUCGCGCGGCCUGAUCAAGAAGAAGCUGUCUCUAUCCGACGUCACGGAAACACUCACAGAAGUACUCGCCGAGCUCAAGGCUACUUCCCUUGCAGCUCACGGCGUCAACGUGACCUGGGCCGUAGUCGGCGUGCCCGACUUCUUCAACGACACGCUGAGAGAAACAGUUAUUCGAGCCGGGCAGCAGGCCGGCAUCACCAUCCUCGAUGGUGCCGUUCCCCCGCGCUCCUUCUGCACGCACUACCUCAAUCCGGCGAUCGACCAGUAUGAUCGUGUCUUGGUUGUUCACCAGGGAGAAACCCAUUGUGGUGUUCAGUUGUACGACGGGUCGCCACAGCGCCGCCGCAAGGGCCAGUCAGUGUAUCCAUAUCUUCCUUUAGAUCCGUGGAGUGGGGAUAGGAUUCAGUACCGCCUUGUGAAGGAGCUUGUUGACGGUGAUGCUCAGUUGAAAACUCUGGUUGUUCAGGGUCGUGAUAACGGAUUUUUGAUACAGGCGGUGCUGAAGACAAGGUUGACGUUAAAGGGUUAUGAUCCGGCAGUGGAGCUGCUGCUGGGGCUCGAGCCAUUGCUAGAGGAUCAGCUCGGUGGUAACAGAGAUUAUGAAAACGGGGAGACGCUCGACGAAAUUCCGCUAAAUUUAGAUUCCUGGUGGACGCAUGGGAACAUCCCCGACUUGGUUCUCACGCGUAGCCAGAUCACGGCAGUCGAGAAUAACUACAUGGAAAGUUUGGCAAAUAAUAUCCAAGUUUAUUUGCAAGCUAUGGCAGAGCCACACAAAACGGGAAAAGCAACAAAACAAGAGAGAGUGGACUACGCAAUCAUCUUGACCGAUUACUUCGAUGGAGAGCUUGUGCACCGUGCUGUGCAGCAGGCUAUCGGGCAUGGAGUUCCUAUUGUUGGGUCGUUAAAGGAUAUCACUAUGGUGGCGGACGGUGCGGCGAGACUGGCGUGGACGCGGAGGGAGAAUCUGCUGUCGAUGCGCGAGAUUGCAAAGACUAGACAUGAUGAGCUUUGACAAGGAAAAUUCCAUACCAAGAGCUAAGCCGGUCGGUGAGAAGAUAGAUGUACGAUAUGCGUCAUAGAU